CUGAGGGCAAAAGGCUGUUUUCGGCGUGGACUUCGGCGCCUGCGGACACCUGCCAUGGCGGGGGCAGAAUGGGAGUCUCUGGAGCGGUGCUUGGAGAAGAACCUGCCGCCCGCAGACUUGCGGGAGGUGAAACGCCUGCUCUAUGGCAAGGAGACCAGGAAGCUGGAGCUGCCCAGCAGGGCUUUUGAAGCUGCCUUGGAAGGGGACUUCGAGGUGCAGGGAUAUGCCUUUGAGGCAGCGGAGGAGCAGCUGAGGCGCCCCCGGACUGUGCGUGUGGGGCUUGUUCAGAACAGGAUUCCCCUCCCUGCAGAUGCCCCUGUGACAAAACAGGUCUCAGCCAUUCACAGACGCAUAGAGGCCAUUGUAGAGGUGGCUGCAAUGUGUGGAGUGAACAUCAUUUGUUUCCAGGAAGCAUGGACUAUGCCCUUUGCUUUCUGUACAAGAGAGAAGCUUCCGUGGACGGAAUUUGCUGAGUCAGCAGAGGUCGGUCCCACCACUAGAUUCUGUCAGAAGUUGGCAAAGAAGCAUAACAUGGUGGUGGUAUCGCCUAUCCUGGAACGAGAUGAAGAACAUGGGGACAUUUUGUGGAAUACGGCUGUCGUGAUCUCCAACUCUGGAGCCGUCCUGGGAAAGACCAGGAAAAACCAUAUCCCCAGAGUGGGUGAUUUCAAUGAGUCAACUUACUACAUGGAGGGGAACCUGGGCCACCCUGUGUUCCAGACUCAAUUUGGGAAGAUUGCAGUGAACAUUUGCUACGGGCGGCACCACCCUCUCAACUGGCUGAUGUAUAGCAUCAACGGGGCUGAGAUCAUCUUCAACCCCUCAGCCACCAUUGGCGCUCUCAGCGAGUCCCUGUGGCCUAUUGAAGCCAGAAACGCAGCCAUUGCCAAUCACUGCUUCACCUGUGCCAUCAACCGCGUGGGGGAGGAGCUCUUCCCAAAUGAGUUUACCUCUGGAGAUGGGAACAAAGCUCACCAAGACUUCGGCUACUUUUACGGCUCAAGCUAUGUAGCAGCUCCUGACAGCAGCCGCACUCCUGGGCUCCCCCGCAAUAGGGACGGGCUGCUCGUUGCAGAACUCAACCUCAACCUCUGCCGACAGAUGAAUGACAUCUGGAACUUCAAGAUGACAGGCAGAUAUGAGAUGUACGCAAGGGAGCUCGCCGAAGCUGUUAAACCAAACUACAAUCCCAAUAUCGUGAAAGAGUAGCUGACCUUCAGUCCCUUCCCACUAAGGGAGGCACACGUACCCAGCAGAUGAACAAGUGCAACAAACUUGACAAAUCCAAGCUCCCCCUAAUGGUGCCCUGAUAAUCUUGCUGUCCUGAUUGAUUUAAACAUGUCCAGGCAGAAAGGGUAGAAUGAUGAGUGACUGCUUGGUGGGUAUAAAAUGCUCUUCUGGGCUUGCAUAGAAGUGAUGGUUCUCCAAACACAGUGAACAUACCAAAUGCUACUGAACUGUAUACUUUAAAAUGAUUGCUUUCAUUGUUAUGUAAAUUUUAGUUAAUAGGGAAGGUUAAUUUGUAGUUAGACACAUGGGGUACCCCAGUUCUGAGGCUCUCCACUUGCCUAUGGAGACUGUCAGAUUUGAGGGUCAGCAUAAGAGUAUGUGUUGGUAUGAGAGGUGAGACUCGCCCAGCGUUAGUGCACCUGCCAGAUGGCUGUGGAGGGAGGUGGCCAUCUGUGUUUACUUGCUAGGCCAUGGUCUGCAGUUAUUCCAUCAAACACUAGUCUGGGUGUUGCUGUAAAGGUAUUUUAUAGGUUUGACUGUAAGUCCACACACCCAGUUAACUAAGCAAGUGAGAUUAUCCCAGAUUAUCCAGAUAGGCCUGAUUUAAUCAACUUAAAGUCUUUAAGAGCAGGGCUGAGGCUUCCUUAUGAAGAAGAAAUUUCUGCCUGUGGACAGUGGCUUCCACCCUUGCCUGAGGCUUCUAGUUUUCCAUUCCUUGACUCCCUGCCUUACAGAUUUCAGACUUGUCUUUCCAGCUUCCACAAUCACUUAAAUGUUUAUUCUUUACAAUAAAUCUCUUAAUAUAUAUCCAACUGGUUUUACUUCUGAUUGGACCCUGACUGAUACAGAUUCUGGUACCAGAAGUGGAUCUAAAGGAACAGAAUCUUAAGGAUGAGUUUUCUGCAUUGGUUCUAGGUUUUUCUGGAAUCUUCUCUAAUUUCAUUGGAUUUAAUCACAUAGGAGGGCCUCUCUGGUGGUGCAAGGGGUUAAGCACCGUACUAUGGGGCAGUCUGCAGCCUCUGCAGUGCAAGUUCAAUCCCCAGCUGGCCAGGGAGAAACCCACAUGGCGAGCAGACCUCUCCUCUCUCCCCCAUUGCUCCCCUUGGCAGUGUAUUUCGGUCGGUCUGCCUGUUCUUUUCCCCACUCUGUCUCUGGUGGAUCCUCUCACCCCUGCAUCUCUGGCCUGUACCCCAGCUCUUGUAUGCAUAAAUAAAUAAAUCUUUAAAAAAAAACAAAGUUUUUUAAUAAAUAAAUAAAUAAUCACAUAGGACUCUUUCCAGUGGUAAAGAAGCAUAUGGUAGUCUGUAACAUGAUGUAGCAAUAGAGGUUUAUAUAUAAGGCAGACCAUCAGCCUGUGCCUGAGUUCCAGGCUGCCCCUCCUGGCAGUCUGCCCUAUUUAUGGAUUUUGUAAUGCAAUUCCUUGCACUAAACUUACCUAUCUAUAGCCCAUGUGUAUGUGUAUAGAUAUAUAUACACAUAUAUAUACAUAUU